UAUCAUAUUAUCCCUUAUUUUUAUUAAUACAGACAUUUUAUAAUUAUAAAAUUAACACACUCCUUUGACCCGUUAGCUUCCUUACUUGCCCUAGCUCCGAUAUGAUUGGGACACGGGUAGCCCACCUCUGUGAGAAUUCUGAUUAGAAUUUAUGUUUGUAAGCACUAAAAUCUCCAUUAUGUUACAUUGAUGACAUUGACUUAUGUGCUUCAUUGCUCAUGCAUGCAUGAUAGAAAAAGGAGAAGAGUUGGUGGACUACAUUCCUGGACUAUCUCCAAUUCGACUAGCAGACAUUCCAACUAUCUUCCACAUGAAAGAUAAACGACUCUCGCACAAAGCUCUUCAUCUGAUGUCCAAUGUGCCAAAAUCACAAUAUCUCUUAUUCUCCUCCAUCCUUGAGCUUGAAUCUCCAGUUGUUGAUGCUUUGCAACUCAUAUUUCAAUUUCCCAUCUACUCUUUAGGCCCCCUCAUACCUUACUUCAAUCUUGAACAUAGCAACUCUCACACCACUGCUUGCCACGACGAUCCUGACUACUUCAAAUGGUUAGACUCUCAACCUCAGAACUCUGUUUUGUACGUUUCACUAGGAAGUUUUCUCUCUGUUUCAAGCACCCAAAUGGAUGAAAUUGUAGCUGGUUUGCUCAAUAGUGGUGUGCGGUGCUUGUGGGUGGCGCGUGACAAAUCGUCAACAUUAAAGGAGGCAUGUGGCAAUGCAGGGAUGGUGGUGCCUUGGUGUGACCAAUUGAAGGUGUUAUGUCAUUCUUCAGUUGGUGGAUUUUUGACACAUUGUGGGUGGAAUUCGACUAUGGAAAGUAUUUUUGCAGGUGUGCCAAUGCUUACUCUGCCUCUGAUGCUGGAUCAAGCCCCAAAUUGUAAAUUUAUCGUUGAGGAUUGGAAGAUUGGGUGGAAACUGAAGAAAUGGGAGAUAGAGAAUUUGGUGCCGAGAGAAGAAAUUGCUGAUCUUGCACGGGCAUUUAUGGAUUUGGAAAAUCCUAAGAGGAAAGAAAUGAUGAAAAGAUCAGAAAAAAUGAAAGAGAUCUGUCGAGGAGCAAUCCAAAAAGGAGGGUCAUCUGAAUCAAACCUGGAUGCUUUUAUCAAGAAUAUCUCCAAAUGAAUCCACCAUUUACUUGAUGUGCUGUGUGCAUGUCAGUGUUUAGACUAUCGAGCAAAAUUUAAACAGUUUUAUUGUAAAACUUUGUUGAGAAUUCCAAGCUCAUGGCUACUAAUGCAUUGUCAGGACAAAUUGUUGCAUGCAUUUUUUCCUUCCCUUCUAUUGGAAGCCAUGCUCUACCUAUGUUCUUUCUGAUUGUUCUCUUUUGUAAUGUUUUGUAGUGGAAUACCCACAAUAAAGCUUUUCCAA